UAGUAUAUUAGUGUUGUUAUGCACACACUCGCUGCUGAUAAGAAGCGCGUGCGCGGUGUGUUCGGCUUCUUCAAACAAACGCAGCUCCUCAUCAACCGGUGUGUGUUUCCGCUGCCUGAAGGUAAAGUGCUAUGAAUUAUGAUAGAAUGAAGAAUGAACCGCUCGUUUCCAGACAUUGCUAAGCUCAUGAUGACUUAAGCUAACUUUACAAUUAAUAAAUCCACCUCAACAGCGAAUUAAGUCUACUCUUCAACAGCGAUGCCAUAGAAAUAAACACAGGUCGAAAACGAAAGUACAACCAGAGAAUAAUAAAGAUGGCGCGCACUUGUUUCUCUGACUGGUCACUAAACGAUAGAGAGAUGAGAGAAUACUCUGACUGUCUAAAGUCUGGGGACUGUGCACAGGGGCCAAAUGCACUCAUGCAUUGACGUGCCAAAGAGAGACGAGGAGUGCACUGCCUCGAAAAUGAGCCGCUGUGAGGAGAGAGAGGAGGAGGAUGCUGUUCAGACCCAGACAGUACCAUCUCCAGACUCUAGCUGUGUGUCUAUGAAGAGUGACGGCUCCAUGGCCAAACCUGCUGCUUUUAGUGAUGGAGGGGGAGUCUCUAAUUCGAGACACGUUUCUAGCUGUGUGUCUAUGAAGAGUGACGGCUCUAUGGCCAAACCUCCCGCCUUUAGUGAUGAAGCAGGAGUCUCUAAUUCGAGACACGUUUCUAGCUGUGUGUCUAUGAAGAGUGACGGCUCCAUGGCCAAACCUCCUGCCUUUAGUGAUGGAACAGGAGUCUCUAAUUCUAGACACCACUCUCAGACGGCAACAUCUCCAGUUUUUAACUGUGUCUCUAUGAAGAGCGACGGCUUCAUGGCCAAACCUCCUUUCUUUAGGCAUGGAACGGGAGUCUCUAAUUCAAGAUGUUUUUUUCCUGCUCACAGCUCCACUGAGAGGAAGCUCAGAGAUGUGAAGUCCUGUCUGAUUUGUGCUGCGUUCUACUCCGAGAACCACAUCAGACAGCACUAUGCAGAACCAGCCCUCUACACACAGGUGGAAGAGACUAGAGACCUGGAGCAGGAUUCACACCAACUAGUGGAUGAUGUCUUGCAGAGAGUUAAAGAGAAACACAAAACCAUCAUGAAAGGGAAGUAUGAGAGCUUAUUUGAAGGUAUCAAGCUACAAGAGAAUGAAACCCUCUUGAACAGCAUCUACACACAGCUCUACAUCAUAGAGGGAGAGAGCGAAGGAGUGAAUGAAGAGCAUGAGGUUUUACAGAUGGAGAAAACGCCCAGAAUACAACAAUUACAAGACACUCCGAUCAAAUGUAAUGACAUUUUUGACCCCUUACCUGAACCAGGCUAUAAGAAUAAUAAAAGAAUGAGGAAAGACCAAAUCAAGACUGUUCUUACUAAAGGCAUCGCUGGAAUCGGAAAAACCGUCUCUGUGCAGAAGUUUAUUCUCGACUGGGCCGAGGGAAAAGCCAAUCAGGAUGUAGAUUUCAUGUUUGUGCUUCCAUUUCGAGAGCUGAACUUGUUUAAAGAUAAUCAGUACAGUCUUCACAGACUUCUGCUGGACUUUCAUCCUGGACUUCAAGAUCUGGACCCAAAGGUAUAUGAUUUAUGUAAAGUUGUGUUAGUUUUUGAUGGUCUGGAUGAAAGCAAAAUUAAACUUGAGUGGUCAGACAGUGAGAAAGUUUGUGAUGUAGCUGAGACUUCAUCAUUGGGUGUGUUGAUGUCAAACCUCAUUAAAGGGGAUCUGCUUCCAUCUGCUCUCAUCUGGAUCACCUCCAGACCAGCAGCAGCCAAUCAGAUCCCUUCCAAAUACAUCCACCGUCUGACAGAAAUUCAGGGAUUCAAUGACCCUCAGAAGGAGGAGUAUUUCAGGAAGAGAAUCAGUGACGAGCAUCAAGCCAGAAGAAUUAUCUCACACAUUAAAGCAGCAAGAAGCCUCCACAUCAUGUGUUACAUACCAGUCUUCUGCUGGAUCUCAUCCACUGUGCUUCAAAACAUCAUGAAACGAGAUAACUGUGCAGAAGUCCCCAAAACUCUGACUGAAAUGUACAUACACUUCUUGAUUAUUCAGACAAAUAUAAGAAAUCAUAAGUAUGAUGAGAGAGACGAGAGAGAUCCACAGAAACUCCUGCAGUCAAACAGGGGAGUGAUUGUGAAACUUGCUGAACUGGCUUUCAAACAGCUGAUGCGUGGAAAUAUCAUGUUCUAUGAGGAGGACCUGAGAGAAUGUGGCAUAGAGGUCACUGAGGCUUCUGUGUAUUCUGGGAUUUGCACUGAGAUCUUUAAAGAAGAAUAUGUGAUUAAUCAGAGGAAAGUCUACUGCUUUAUACACCUGAGUUUUCAGGAGUUUCUUGCAGCAUUUUAUGUCUUUUACUCCUAUGUAAAUACCACUUCUGAUGCCUUGAAAGUUUUUGAUUUACUUCAUAAUUUGCAUAAAGGAGUACUGGAUAAAGCUCUUAAGAAUGAGAAUGGACGCAUGGAUCUUUUCCUCCGGUUCCUGCUGGGCAUCUCACUUGAGUCCAAUCAGAAACUGUUACAUGGACUACUGACACACACAGAGAACAGUUCAGAGAGCAUCAAUGAAACUAUAAAGUACGUCAAGGACAAAAUCAAAGAAUGGAAAAAUACUCUUUCUGCUGAAAGAUCAAUCAAUCUGUUCCUCUGUCUGCUUGAAAUGAACGAUCAGACUCUGCAAAGAGAAAUCCUGGAGUUUCUGAAAUCAGACAAACACUCAGAAAAAGAACUGUCUGCUGCGCACUGCUCAGCCAUAGCCUACAUACUUCAGAUAUCAGAGGAGGCACUGGAUGAGCUGGACCUUAAAAAAUACAACACAUCAGAGGAAGGUAGAAGGAGACUGAUACCAGCUGUGAGAAACUGCAGAAAAGCUUUUCUUGCAGACUGCAAUAUCACUGAUCAGUCCUGUGAAACUGUGGCCUCAGCUCUGCAAUUAUCAGACUCUCCCCUGAGAGAGCUGGACCUGAGUAACAAUGACCUGCAGGAUUCAGGAGUGAAGCUGCUCUCUACUGGACUAAAGAGUCCAAACUGUCGACUGCAGAUACUGAGAUUGUCUGGCUGUAUGGUGACACAGGAAGGCUGUUCAUAUCUGGCUUCGGCUCUGAGUUCUAACCCCUCACACCUGAGAGAGCUGGAUUUGAGCUACAAUUACCCAGGAGAUUCUGGAGUGAAGGUGCUCUCUGACAGCCUGAGCCAUUCAAACUGCAAACUCAAUUUGGACCAUGGAGGACCUUUCAGAAUCACACCAGGACUACACAAAUAUACCUGUAAUCUCACACUUGACAUAAACACUGCAAACAACCAUCUCUCUCUGUCUGAGGAGAACAGAAAGGUGACACGAGUGGAAGAGGAGCUGCCUUAUCCAGAUCAUCCAGAGAGAUUUGACUGCUUUGAACAAGUUUUGUGCAGGGAGAGUCUGUGUAAACGCCAUUACUGGGAGGCUGAAUGGAGUGUGAGGGGAGCUGGAUUGUCAGUGACCUAUAAGGGAAUCCAAAGAACAGGAAGUGACUGUAGGUUUGGGCUCAAUGAAAUGUCCUGGAGUCUCAUCUGCUUUGAUAACAAAUACUCUGCCUGGCACAGCAAUAAUAGAACCAACUUACCGGCCCCUUCUCCCCCCUCUAAAAGAGUAGGAGUGUAUUUGGACUGGCCCGCCGGCGAGCUGUCCUUCUACAGUGUGUCUGACACACACACACUUAUUCACUUGCACACAUACCACAGCACAUUUAUCGAGCCCCUCUAUGCUGGAUUUAGGCUUUAUCCCGAUUCUUCAGUUUCACUGUAUUAGAAUGAAGAGCUUCGUAAUAUAGCCUAAAGUCUAUAUAGUACUUGCUCCCUUACUAACCAAAAACAAAAAUGGGAUGAAUUGGAAAUGUAUGGAUACAAACAGUGGUGUUAGUGCCCCUGCUUGCUGAAAAUACCAACUUCAAACCUCCAAACUAGUCCAACUGAAGAAAUCUCACAAUAACGAUGCUGAUUGUUACAAAUUGUGUUGAUUUGAUCGCUUAUUUUGUUCUCAUUUGUAAGUUGCUUUGCAAAAAAAAUUACUAAAUGUGAAUCUAAAUGAAAAGUCAAGAAAAGAUGCUCAGAAAAGUCAAGAUAAAUGAUAAAAACAUAGUCAAUCAAUACAUGUUAAUAAGUCUUGAUAUGAUAAUUUGUUGCCUUGGAGCCCUCAGUCUUUUAAAAGAUUUACGCAGUUAUACUGUUUAGUGUUAAAAAUGUCUGCCCAAGGAUUUUCAGGGGUUUUUUUUAAACAAUAUUUGCAAAAUAAGCAGUAUAAAAAUAUAAAAAAAUUCUGUGGCAGCCUUUCACACAGUAAUCAUUUAUAUGUAAAAUAGUGGAUAAUGUGGCAAAACACGGUGGUUGGUUAUGGUUAUGCAAACUAACAUGCAACCAAACUCAGGACAUUAGCAAAACAAUAUUAUCUCAAAUUUAAGUAAACUACAUUUAUGGAUUUAUUAACAUGUUUAUCCAGAGUGACUUGCCAAAGAGGAACAAAGCAAUGCAUCAAAGACCCAGCUGUCAUUGUAGUACAGAUUUAUUAGUCUAGAUUAGGAAACCAUCAUAGAAACUAAGAAUAUGAAUCAUCCAAAUGUCUGCUAUUUGAGUAUUUAAUGAGUUAUCUAGACCGCUAGCUCAGGUCACAUUAAUUUAAUAUAAAUAUAAUGAUAAUUUAAAUAUAGUCAUUCAAAUUAAUGAUGGUGAUGUGUAGAAAAAAGUGUGUACAUGUGGUCAGAAAGAAACUUGACUGAGCCUUGCUCUGAUUGAUGUGCUUAGACUGUUCCCUUUUUUCUUUGGAGGAAACCAAGUGUCUUCAGUGUUAAUCAUGUGUUUUAACUCCAGCUAUUAUAAAGUGUGUCCGUUGUUACAUUAUUUAUGUUUUAUUUAUGUUAAUUUUAUUUUAUAAUGUUAUUUUAUAAUAUGAUUGAGUCACAUGUGUUAUUGCAAAUGAAUAAAAGGAGAACAUUAAA